AUGCCAGCCGCUCCCUGGGACGAUGGCGCUGCCGCAAAACAGCUUUUUGUCCUUGUGACAGGAGCGAAUAGCGGCAUUGGCCUUGGCAUCGGCCAGCGCCUCAUCGACGAGUUCGCCGCCGAGCACACGAGUCCUUCCGAACACCUCGUCUUGAUCACGACCACCCGUAGCGCCGCCAAGUCUCGGACCACGACUGGCCUGUUGCGGCAGCACCUGCAGCGGAGCGAGAGGUCGGCCGCUGCGAACAAGGGCACCGUCCACCCGUCCCGCAUCCACCUUGCCAGCCUCGAGCUCGACCUGUGCAACCUGCCCAGCGUAUAUGGUGCUGCCGAGCGCCUGCGCUUCGAACCGCUCUCGAUCUGCACAGGCACCGAGGACACGGCUUCCUCGCCGCACACGAUUCCGCGCCUUGACAGUGUCAUCUUCAAUGCUGGCAUUGGCGGCUGGACCGGCAUUGGCUGGGGCAACCUGCUGACCAAUAUCCUGUCCGACGGCAUUCAGCAGGCGACGACGUUCCCGACGUGCAAGGCCGCAGAUGGCGGCCUGCUGGUAGACCCAUUGACGGGCAAAGAGGUCAAGCGCGCCGAGGGCUGUCAGGGACUGGACGACAACGACGGCAUCCUAGGCCAGGUAUUCUGCGCCAACGUCUUUGGUCACUACGUCUUUGCCCAUGCGCUGCUGCCGCUGCUGCGCGGGACCGGUGAAGGCACGGGUUCUCCCAAGAGCUCCGCCAUCGGCCCGGGUCCCGCUCGUAUCAUCUGGGAGAGCAGCGUAGAGGCCGACGGCUGGUACCACCUGUCGCUGGACGACUUCCAGGCCGUGCGCACCACUGCCGCCUACGAGAGCUCCAAGCGCCUCACGGACGUGCUGGCCCUAACCACCAGCCUUAAAAGCGUCGCGCCCUAUUCGGCACCGUUUUACAAGGACGACAGCACAGAUGCCGCCAACCACAAGGACAGUUCUACGGUCCCAGCCACGUACGUCACGCACCCGGGCGUCGUCUGCUCGACCCUCUUCCCUCUCAACUGGUUCCUCUUCGCCCUCUACAACAUUGCCAUGUACAUCUCCCGAUGGCUCGGCUCGCCGUGGCACCCCGUCACUGCCUACAAGGGCGCCGCCGCUGCCGUAUGGGUGGCUCUGCGACCCACGGCGGCACUCGACGCUCUUGACGGCCAGCACGUCAAGUGGGGCACCGGCACGACACGCAGCGGCUCGACGCUCAUUAAGCGGUCCGAGGUCGAGGGCUGGGGUUUCCGUGGCCGUGUGGGUGAGGAGACCACGGUGACCACCAUUGACUCGGUGACGGGCAAGCCGUGGGGCGCAGGUGGCGAUCCGCUUGCGGCGUCGUUCCCCUUCCCUGCGUACCUGCACAACAGCCGUGGCCGUAAAUCUGGUGCUGCAAACCUGACGGCGGAGCGGCGUCAGGAGUUCGAGGUGCUAGGCCGGGACUGCUGGCGAGAGAUGGAGCGGCUGCGCGUCGAAUGGGACCAGCGCGUCAAGAAGGUGCGGGAGAGCCAGUGA